UCCCUUAAUGUACUAAAAGGACAUAAUUAACAGUAUGUAUGUCUUUAACAGGAACCAGUGAUCCGUACGUCAAGUUCAAACUUGGAGGAAAAGAAGUAUUUAGAAGUAAAACAAUACACAAGAACCUCAAUCCAGUGUGGGAAGAAAAAGCUUGCAUUCUUAUAGAAAACCCAAGACAACCGUUAUAUAUAAAGGUCUUUGACUAUGACUUUGGACUUCAAGAUGACUUCAUUGGUUCGGCAUUUUUGGAUCUCACUUCCUUGGAAUUAAAUAGGCAAACAGAUGUUACGUUGUGUCUGAAGGAUCCUCAUUACCCUGCCCAUGAUCUGGGAAGUAUACUGUUAUCAGUUCUGUUGGCUCCUAGAGAAGAACAGCCAGAAAUGACAAUGCUAAUGAGGAAGAGUUGGAAAAGAUCAAGUAAGUUUCAGACCCAGAGCUUACGUCUCUCAGACCUGCACAGAAAAUCUCAGCUAUGGAGAGGGAUAGUUAGUGUGACCCUAAUAGAAGGUCGUGAGCUUAAGGCAAUGGAUGCAAACGGACUAAGUGAUCCUUACGUGAAGUUCCGUCUGGGGCAUCAGAAGUACAAGAGCAAGAUUGUGCCAAAAACUUUGAAUCCUCAGUGGAGGGAGCAGUUUGACUUUCAUCUCUAUGAAGAACGAGGUGGAAUUAUUGAUAUUACCGUGUGGGACAAAGAUGCUGGCAAAAGGGAUGAUUUUAUUGGCAGGUGCCAGGUUGACCUGUCAACCCUGAGUAAGGAACAAACCCACAAGCUGGAGAUGCCACUGGAGGACGGAGAGGGAUGCCUGGUGUUGCUGGUGACUCUCACAGCCUCAGCUGCAGUCACUAUCUCGGACCUCUCCAUCAACUCCCUGGAGGACCAGAAGGAGCGAGAGGAGAUACUGAAGAGAUAUAGUCCAAUGAUGAUGUUCCGUAACAUGAAGGAUGUGGGAUUUCUUCAGGUGAAGGUCAUCAGGGCAGAAGCAUUGAUGGCAGCUGAUGUCACAGGUAAAAGUGACCCAUUCUGUGUAGUUGAAUUGAACAAUGACAGACUGCUGACACAUACCGUCUACAAGAACCUCAAUCCAGAAUGGAACAAAAUCUUCACAUUCAAUAUUAAAGACAUCCAUUCGGUGCUUGAGGUGACAGUUUAUGAUGAAGACCGCGAUCGGAGUGCUGACUUCCUAGGCAAAGUUGCUAUACCGUUGCUGUCUAUUCAAAAUGGUGAACAGAAAGCCUACGUCUUGAAAAACAAGCAGCUGACAGGGCCAACAAAGGGGGUCAUCUAUCUUGAAAUAGAUGUGAUUUUUAAUGCUGUGAAAGCCAGCAUACAAACCUUAAUGCCCAAAGAACAGAAGUACAUUGAAGAGGAAAACAGACUGUCUAAACAGCUACUAUUGAGAAACUUUGGCCGGAUGAAGCGCUGUGUCAUGGUGCUUAUAAGUGCCGCCUACUACAUAAGCAGUUGCUUUGACUGGGAUUCUCCCCCAAGAAGUCUUGCUGCUUUUUUGCUUUUUCUUUUUGUGGUCUGGAACUUUGAGCUCUACAUGAUACCACUGGCUUUGUUGUUGCUGCUGGCAUGGAACUACUUCUUGAUCGUAUCAGGGAAAGAUAACAGGCAACAUGAUAUGGUAGUGGAGGACAUGCUAGAGGACGAGGAAGAAGAGGAUGACAGAGAUGACAAGGACAGUGAAAAAAAAGGAUUUAUGAAUAGACUUUAUGCCAUCCAGGAGGUGUGUGUCAGUGUCCAGAACAUCCUUGAUGAAGUGGCUUCCUUCGGAGAACGGGUUAAGAAUACGUUCAACUGGACUGUCCCAUUCCUGAGCUGGCUGGCAAUCGUUGCCCUCUCCGUGUUCACCAUCAUCCUGUAUUUCAUUCCACUGAGAUACAUUGUCCUUGUCUGGG